AUGCCUCCCUCAAUCCCGACCUCUCUCAGUCCACAUAUAUGCACAAUAUGCUCUCCUGAUCUAGAAGACACCCUUAAAGCUGCUUCACUACCUCUGUUGCCCCAAGUUCUCCAGUCGUUCUCGCCUCUACCUCAAGUCACUACCCGCACAACAUCUCUGGUGUCCGUACCACACACUUCAUUUGCCCUCCGAUUCUCAGACCUACGCGAUGUCGAGGAAGCGUGUCGAGAAGCCGAAGACCAGCGUGCUGUUCGUACUGUCGACUGGAUGACCGCUCGCAUCAACAACCGAUGCGCCAAGUGGGUUGAGGAUCUGGAGAGAGUAGGAGAUAGGGAUGCUGUCAGGACGCCGUGGUGGGAUGAGCUUCGGCGGUGCGCAGAAGGGGAUUUCGUACCUUCAAAGACAGAGGGUUGGAACCAUCCUGCUGCUCUCAUCCUUGCAGUCUCUACAACUGCACCAAAUCCUCUGCAAGCAAUCACGACACUGCAUUCGCGGGCACAGCAGCUUCCGUCUUGGGUAGACACCAACGUUCUGAGAUAUACAUUGAUCAUACACCCUUCACAUUCCCCUCUUUCAGCUGAAGAAGCAGGAGCACUUUACAACGCGGUCAAGAAGCAGUUUGGAUUGCAUAGCUAUCUUCUGUCCCUGAAUCUACCAAAGAACCCACCUCCUGUCCCUGUCCCUGCGCCUCUACCACGUUUACCCCCUCCACCGUCUCCGGAUUCACCACCCCGCCAAUAUCCCCUUACUCCUGUGGUAAACGGAUUUGCCGCACCAGGUGAUUCCUUGCCCCCUACGAUCCUGAAUACCCUGGCUAUGGAAGAAAAGGAUAUUCAGCAGACUGCCAGAUUCACACGAGAAUUCGUUGUCAUGAGCCUGGUGCCAUGGAUGGAGAAAUGCGUAGUCGAGUGGAACGAAAAUUUCUCAUCAACGCGUAGACUACCAUCUCGUCUAUUCUCUUCAACUCGACGACUCUUCGGCUCACCCUCGCCCUCCCCUGCACCUUCACCCGCGUCCUCUUCUGCUGGAUCCCUUCCCAUUCGAUCAUCAUCUAUUCCCACCGUCAAUGGGCCCAUCCCGCCGCCAUCGCAGCAACGCCGUUUAGCCGAGUUUGCCACAAUUCUAGGAGAUUAUAAAUUGGCUAUCACCGUGUGGGAGGCUCUACGGAAAGAGAGCAAAGGGGGCUCUGACAUAUUGCCACUGCUGCUAUCGCCUUCUCCUACAAUUCCUUUGCAUGCACACGCUGCCUUGACUGGCAUUCAUCCACAAAUGCUAGAUCUCCCUCCUCACUUGCAAUUACGGGCCCUAUUGUGCGCUGUUCGCUGGGAAGCCGGCAUCGCAAUACAGGAUUUUCUGAGCAGUGCUCUCGAGGGAGAGAGGUGGUUAGUCUGGGCUGCCAGUAACUCUGAAAUUUAUCAAGGCAGAAGAGGCACCAUCAGCAUUGCUACUAGCCCAAGCAGCGCUCUUAAGCGCAAGGAAGCAGUCAUGGAGAAGAGCGGCGCUCUGAGACCUUUGACCAUGUACUUUUUGCGGAAAGCACAAGAGCUGUAUCAUGUUCGGCCGCCAAAAGAGCUAUCCCCGUCGUUUUGGGACUCUGAAGGGAAAUCGUCCACAGACGCUCAGGGUCUUGAGGAUAUCUUGUCAGGCAUUGAGCACCCUCUGGGGCGAUUGCUGUACACAACUGGAGAUGUCGCUGGAGCCGUCCGACUUUUCCUCGGCCUAUUAAGGGGAACUCCCCCUUUCUUAAGCUUCAACGCCAUGCUUGACGACGCUCAAAAGUUACCAAGCAAUGACAAGUUAUAUCUGGACGACUUCCGAGUCGCCUAUAGUUAUUGGAAGUCCACAGAGCCUGCAAUCGUCUCCAGCACGAAUCUAGAAGUUCCCGUCAAGUUCUGUAUCGCCAAACAGUCCCGACUGAGGCAUUCUGAAGAUGGUGCGGAUUCUGAUGCAGAUGUCUGGGCUACUAGGCAAGAGGACUGGAAGACAUUUUGGAGGUCUCAAGGUGGGAAGGAAAGCGUGGUGCCGGCAGGAAAGGUCAGCACAGAUGAACUCUUCUGGGUGGACCUUGCUUUGCGGAAUCCUUUAGACGCUGACAUCAACUUAACAAAUGUCACGCUUCUUGUUCGACAAACUGGCGAUAAGGAUGACGUAUCGCAGCUAGACUUUGUAGAAGUGGAGGUCAUCGAUGAGGUCUCUUUGGGCCCGAGGGAAUCAAUAACAGUGUCAAUAUCGCUCAAGUGCAACCGCCCCGCAAAAUUGAGCAUAACUCAUGCGACCUAUGACUUCCUUUCUAUGUUGCCGACCAAGGAGAGCCUCUUUACUCGUGGUCGCAGACUGCGCGAUACUCCCCAGCAGCGUCGAACGCCUACAUAUGCUCCUGAUGUCCUUAUGCAAGUGGAGGUGGUUCCAUCUGACCACAGGUUGACGGUGAACUUCGUCGACGAUGGCCGCCUCGUUCUCUUGCAAGGCGAAAACAAGACCACUCGACUCUGGUUGACAAACGCGGGUUCAUCACCGAUUAGCGAAAUGUGGAUGGUUGUCGGUCCCGAUGAUGAGGUCUUGCUGGGUGGGGAAGAUGAAUUGCUCGAGUGCACAACAGAAACUGAGGUCUUCCAAUCAAGCAAUUCAUUGAAACCUCAGCCACCUCUCAGGAUACCUCUCGAGGGUCUAGAUUCAGAAACUCUUCAACCUGGGCAAAGCAUUGAAGUCCCAAUCAUCUUCCACGCAGAGUCGACCGGCAGCCAUGAGCUCUAUCUUCUCUUUGUCUACCGAGAGGCUGAGGCUCAGCCAUUUUAUUCGACGAAACUGGCACGAUCAUAUGAGGUUACGCCAGUUUUCGAGAUCUCCUCGAGCGCAGUUCCGUCGCAGUCCCAAGAUUAUGCGUAUGCUGUAGAUAUAGACAUAACAAACGCCUCGUCGACAGUCUUUAUUAAUAUCGUCGACAUAGUCUGCGACCCAAAGAAACUCUCGGUACGCAGGGCCGCCGUCAUGAACUUCAUUCGUAGUGGUCGCCGCAAGUAUUCCUCACGGCACAUUGCGGAGGCUCACUCAUACAUUCCUGCGUCGUCUCACUCUUCAAUCUUCCCCAUGUACAACCCUGCAGCUCUUGACUUCGUUGUGUUCUGGGAAAUCCCCUCUCAAGGUAUCUCAGGCCAUAUCAGCAUCAAUGGCAUUCACCUUGGGGCAGGACAUGGGGCGUUGGAUGACAUUGUGGAGCAAGCAGAGGGUGCGAAAACGAAACGGAACAUGUAUGCGGAAACACAGAGGGAGAACGUGCAGAUACUGGAUGCCAUUCGAAGUAGCGAGUGGAAUGCCGAAAUGAAUCCAAUUGUCUUGUUCAUAAAAGACACGGACACCCAAUACCAUGAUUUCUCAUCUGGGUAUCAGGCCGUGUCCCGUAUCUGUCGAGUGCUUGUUGCGGAAUCAUUCGCUAAUACUGCCAGCAAAAUACGUUCUCCGACUGCAACCAAAGGAGCCACUAUCCACCGACUUCCUCUCUCCGCGUUAUCUGGGACGACUGACCUUCCGAGGAACCAUCGAACCCUCGCGAACUGCUAUUCUCCAUCCCAAGCUUUGGAUCACGCAGCCGGGAUCGUAUAG